CUGAGAGUUUGAGUUGUGACGACUUAAACCAGCACUUUGUUGUGUUUAUUUUUGCUUUUCGUAGUCGUUUUUGUUGUAUUUUUUUCGUGAAUUGUACCCUGUGAACAUAAGAAGACCAGGGCGUCGUAGCGACGGGAUUGAUUAUGUUGAGGUUGCAUUGCUACUUUAAGGAAAGGUGGAAAGAUUGCACCCUCAUUAUAGUUGACGUAAAAGCAGGCAAAUGAAAUGAGCUAAUGUUUUACAGAAAUGGGUUUUAGUAUUUUUUAUAGUUUGUUUGGGUUUAUUAUAAAGUACGACGUCCGUCAUUGACGGCGAUUAACCGAAUGAGCCCAUCGCUGGCAUUCAUAGAGAGACAUGCUAAAAGUGUGUGCACACAUGUGUAAUGUGGCCAUACGACAGGUGGUCCGCCACUCAGGUUGGGCUAAUAAAGGAAAGGUUUUGUGGUCCAUGAGAAUGACAUCCAAAAUGAGUGAAGAACAGCAUUUAUGUGAUUUUCAAACCAACAGAAACGAGCCAGUAAAGCGAACUAAAGAAUGUGUGCCAGAAUUGGAUGGAGAUGGGAACAAGAGCAAAAAAUUGAAAAGGGAUGAAGAGGAAGUCGGUGACGAGCAGAAAAAGUUCCCAAAAAGAAAGGUGGUUCUUCUUUUGGCUUAUUCAGGCAAAGGAUAUCAUGGUAUGCAGAGAAAUGUUGGCUCCUCACAAUUCAAAACUAUUGAGGAUGACUUGAUCGAAGCGCUGGUAAAAUCUGGGUGCAUUCCAGAUAAUCAUGGUACUGAUAUGAAGAAAAUGUCAUUCCAAAGGUGUGCAAGAACUGAUAAGGGAGUUUCUGCGGCUGGUCAGAUUGUCUCUCUAAAGCUGUGGCUCAUUGACAACAUUGUGGAAAAGAUCAACGAACACCUUCCAUCACAAAUCCAAAUAUUAGGGCUCAAAAGGGUCACUGGUGGUUUUAACUCCAAGAAUAAAUGUGAUGCAAGAACUUACAUGUAUAUGCUGCCCACAUUUGCUUUUGCCCAUAAAGACCUGGAAAUACAGGAUGAAAAAUACAGAAUAAAUAAAGAAACAUUAGAGAAGGUUAACCGGCUCCUUGCUUGCUACAAGGGCACUCAUAACUUUCACAACUUCACCUCUCAAAAGAGGCCCCGAGACCCAAGCGCAAAACGUUACAUCAUGAAAAUGUACUGUGAGGAGCCUUUCAUUCGUGAAGGCUUGGAGUUUGUCAUCAUCAAAGUGAAAGGACAAAGUUUCAUGAUGCAUCAGAUACGAAAGAUGAUUGGUUUGGUCAUUGCUGUGGUCAAAGGCUAUGCAGGGGAGUCUAUUUUGGAGAAAAGCUGGGGUGAAGAGAAAGUGGAUAUUCCAAAAGCGCCUGGUCUUGGUUUAGUCUUAGAUAAGGUUCACUUUGAAAAAUAUAACAAGAGAUUUGGUAGUGAUGGCCUUCAUGAAUCUUUGGAUUGGGCAAAUGAAGAGGAACGUGUGGAAGCUUUCAAAGAAGGGCAUAUCUAUCCUACAAUUAUUAAGACUGAAAUUGAGGAAAAGUCCAUGAUGAGCUGGCUCUCCACUCUGCCUAUUCAUGACUUUGAAGCUUCUGCAUUGGAUAUUCAGUCCAAGAAAGAGGAGACCCAGGACGAAGAGGUAAAUGGCGACUCAGACUGAAAGUGUUGACAUAGUAGCUGCAUGGAUGAUUUAUGACAACGCUCCAGAGAACCAUUUAGUCGUGGCAGAAGUGGUGGAAUGAAUCACUACAACCUGAGCUUUUUUUAAUUAUGUUCAUAAGGGGAAACCAGGAUUUUUAUUUUAGGAUCAGUUUUAUUCAAGACUUAAUCCUGCAGUAUUGGGGAUGCAAUAAACUGGUCAUUUAUUUUUCAA